AGUGUGUAUCGCUAGUGUGCUAAGGACUAGGUCGCCAGCGGCACCUGGCUUUAAAGCCGGCCAUCUCUCGACGAGAUCGAUGUACGCUGGAAUGUUGAGUUUCUUUUCAUUAAUACAGCGAAGCUUCAACUCGGAGUGACAGAGAGGAACUCUUCUGAUUGCCACGUGAUCGGCCCCUAACGCGCAGAUCCAGCCACGCACAACAACCAAACGCUCCCCUAAUAAAGGACAAUAAAACGGCACUAUUUCGGUGGACGGUGGUAGUUGUCACACACACACACACAAACCAACCAACCAACCCCGGUUCAGUUAGUUGGAUAAUCGCGGGGGAGGAAGGGCCAAGCAGAGAGGGCGGAGCGAAAGCCAGGAGAAGGAGGAUUGGGGCAGCGAAGGUGGGGCGGUGCAUGGAGAUCCGAGGAGCGUCACUCCCCAUAUCCCCGUGACCCGGCGGCACGAUGGCGGCUGCCGCGGAGCACACCGAUGAGCUGGUGCGGGAGUAUCUGCUCUUCCGCGGCUUCACCGGCGCUUUGAAGCAGCUCGAUGCGGAGAUCAAGGCGGACAAAGAGAAGGGCUUCCGGGUGGAUAAGAUAGUGGACCAGCUUCUGCAGUUUGUUCACAGCUAUGACCUGACUGCCCUUCGAGAUUACUGGAGUUACCUUGACAGGCGCCUUUUCAGCCGAUUGGAGGAUGUGUACCGACCAACCGUGAACAAACUGAAAAUCAGUUUGUAUCGUUACUACCUUGUUCAUACUGUGCAGACAAACAGGAAUGACAAAACACAAGAAUUCUUUCUCAAGCAGGCCUCAGAACUUCAGAACCAGGCUGAGUGGAAGGACUGGUUUGUUCUGCCUUUCAUCCCGAAUGCAGACUCGAACCCUACCUUCGCCUUGUAUUUUUCCCGCCAAUGGGCAGACACUUUCAUUGUGUCUCUGCACAAUUUCCUCAGCGUCUUAUUUCAGUGCAUGCCUGUCCCCGUCAUCUUGAACUUUGAGACAGAAUGCCAGAGAAGUAGUUUCCUACAAGAACAAAAUGAAAGUCUGCGGCAAAAGCUCUUUGCCUUGCAGGCAGAGCACCACCGAAUGAAGAAAGAGGAACAGCAGCAGGAACAGGAGGAGGAAUUGAUACUUCACCACAGGCUGCCUUCCUAUGUAGCCAACAUGGACCACUUGGGAGACUCAGAGCUCGAUAUGACAUGCAGCCAGAGAAACACUGGUAACUCUCUUCAGGCACGUGGGGGGUUCCUGUCUUCCUUGCUAUCUCAGAGCAAAAAGGGCCCCUCUAGAGUGACGUCGACAACAGGAGCCUCUUCGGCACAGAUUGGCACAACACCGCUGGGCAAGAAAGAACCCUCCAACCACCAGAGCAUCAAAGGGAAGGAGGCAGCAAGUGCCUGCAAAGAACCGAAAAGUCACUUCAGUGGCCUGGUGCUAGCGGAGUCCAACUCACUACAGCAGCGUCAGAGGCGCCUGCAGGAUCAUGGAAAAGAAAGGAAGGAACUUUUAUCUAAAACGGUUUUCCAGGGGCAGAAUGCUGAGAGGAAGGUGGAGGUUAAUGCCACUGAAACAGACACAGCCUCCGAGGUGUAUGUUGAGCAAACAGAAACUUUGACCAAAGCUUUUGGGUCUAGCACAGAUGCUGGAUGCAUUAGGCAAGAGCAGCCGUUCAUUGUCUUAAGCCAGGAAGAAUAUGGGGAGCACCACUCAUCCAUCAUGCACUGCCGGGUUGACUGCUCUGGACGAAGGGUGGCUAGUUUGGAUGUGGAUGGAGUCAUCAAGGUGUGGUCUUUCAACCCUAUGAUGCAGACAAAAGCUUCUUCCAUUUCCAAGUCGCCACUGCUUUCCCUAGAGUGGGCAACCAAACGAGACAGACUGUUACUGUUGGGUAGCGGAGUUGGGACUGUUCGCCUCUAUGACACAGAAGCCAAAAAGAACCUUUGUGAAAUCAGUAUUGAUGAAGACAUGCCCAGAAUCCUCUCACUGGCAUGCAGCCCAAGUGGUGCAUCCUUUGUCUGUUCAGCUGCGGCCUCUGGCUUAGUCAAUCAGCUAGAUUUUGCUGCUUUGGAUUCUGGAGGGAAAGGCACAAAUCAAGUUCCUGGGAAACUACUUCUGUGGGACACUAAAACUAUGAAGCAGCAGCUCCAGUUUUCCCUGGAACCUGAGCCCAUUGCUAUAAACUGCACAGCCUUCAACCACAAUGGGAAUUUGCUGGUUACGGGAGCAGCGGAUGGCAUGAUUCGUCUCUUUGAUAUGCAGCAGCAUGAAUGUGCUAUGAGUUGGAAGGCCCAUGAUGGGGAGGUUUAUUCUGUUGAAUUCAGCUAUGAUGAGAAUGCUGUUUACAGCAUUGGAGAAGAUGGAAAGUUUAUUCAGUGGAAUAUUCACAAAAGCGGCUCCAAGGUAUCUGAAUAUGCCCUCCCCAGAGAUGCCACUGGUCCCUUUGUGUUGUCUGGCUACAGUGGAUACAAGCAAGUCCAGUUCCCACGUGGAAGGCUCUUUGCAUUUGAUUCUGAAGGAAACUACAUGCUGACCUGUUCUUCCACUGGGGGUGUCAUCUACAAGUUGAGUGGCAAUGAGAAGGUUCUGGAGAGCUGCCUAUCCCUGGGAGGACACAGGGCCCCUGUGGUCACAGUCGACUGGUGCACAGCGAUGGAUUGCGGGACCUGCCUCACGGCCUCCAUGGAUGGGAAGAUCAAACUGACCACUUUACUUGCGCAGAAGUCUUAAAUGGGACUGUGCUGCUGGAAAAGAACAAGAUGUGGAUGGGCUCUUUGUUUUUUAGAUCAGUAUUAACCAUUUAGAUCAAAGGUACGUCAGGAGAAAAGUUCCAACUGCUCGUCUUGAUGCUUUCUUCUCUAGGUUAGAAACUUUUGGAAAGUUGAUGCCAAACCACUGCCAAUUAGGAGUUUCAGUUACAGCAGCUCCCGUAAAUGAAUCAUACUCUCAGCAGACAUGCACUGAUCAGCAAGCUCCUUCCUAUGAAGAUUGGCCCUCUCUUUUUUUGGGCCCCAGACACACAUGGCCAUAAACCUCCAGGAUUGUGCCAAGGUGGGAUGUAGACUUGCAAUGGCUCCAGCUGGGGGGCAAGGGGGAUAACCCUGUGCAAAACUAACAGUAUUUUGUGUCUGCUGCUGCAUUUUUCUUAUUAAAAAGAAAAUAUUUGUCUGCA